AUGGAGGCAGAGAUCGACGGUGAAUAUGGUUUUGUUCACAGGAUGAAGCCCUACAGAGGCCCUUCAAACAAGAGGCAAAGGAAGAGAAGAGCCUUGCAGCAUAGAUACGAGGAGCUCAAGCUUGUUGUUCCAUACCCGGAGAUCUUUGAGACCGAGGAUGCCACGUGCCCGGAUCCGAUGUCCCACAACCGGAUGAAGGGAUGCAGCGGAGUCCCUGUUCCUAGGCACUGGAGAUCAAGCUCACGAAGAAUGUUUCCACACGGAUACCAUAAGCCUAGGUAUGUGACUCCCCGUCACGUGAUUGGGACCGGCAUUCCUGAGCUAAGAAGGAUGAUGAGGGAAAGAGAGGCUGGGAUGAGCCUUAGGGAAAGAAUAAGAGAAAAGCUGCAUCCAAGGGUUGGGGGUUCCUUGGUAGACCAGCGGAUUCUAUACGAGGCCUUUUUUUCCUUGGGGCCGAGACCGUAUCUCAGUAAGUAUGGUGAAUUCUUUGAGCCUGUGGAUGAUUAUUUUGAGAAGAAAUGCUUUCCAGGAGCAAUAAGUGCCGACCUCAUGGAGGCACUGGGGAUCGACUCCAGCACACCACCUCCAUGGCUCUUUAACAUGCAGAAGCACGGGAUGCCUCCGUCAUAUCCAGACGCAAGGAUCCCCGGGCUGAAUGCACCCAUCCCAGAAGGAUGCUCCUAUGGAUACCAACCUCGGGGGUGGGGAGAGCCUCUAUUUGAGGUUGGCCCUGAAACAGCAGAAAGUGAGGUUCUGCAAAAGGAUGCAGAGGCUAUUUACAACGAUGAGAAUCAGUAUACAAGGCCUGUAUACAUGGAGGACUUUGAGGAGAGGGUUGUAGUAAGCAAUGGCGGAGCUGCUGAAGAGGCACCUGCUGCAGUAGAAGCAGCCCCCAAGGAGGAUGCAAAGGUAACUAAAAGAGGAAAAGCUAAGAGAGAAAAGCUUUAUAAGAGCAUCAAGUUUUGA